AUGCGGCCAGUAAUUGAAUACUUUCUUUGCGUCGUGGCAACGCCACUGUUGAGCGAGUUCCCGCUUCACAUUCUCGAGCUGGUCGAUCAAAAGGACGGAAUCACACCCACCCACGAAAGCAUCUCGUACCAGAAGGACUCCGAGCAUGGCGCCAGGCACUCGUCGGACUUCAACUCAGCACCGCAUUGCACCAAUGACAACAAUGACCUCACUGGUGCGGACGCAAGCGGGCAGAGAAACGGGGCUUAUCGAAUCUUGUUGGCCAUCGUUGCGGUUCCUCAUCUUUACAUGCUGUGGCGGGUCAUUCCAUUCACCUGCAAGAUGCAGAUCAGCAGGCAUGAAUCUUUGCUGUUCUAA